AUGUACACAAGGAGGGAGCCAGGAGGCGGGGAGGGGGGUCCUCCUCCGCUGCUCUCCUCCCUGUCGCCCGGGGAGGUGCAUCUCGUGCCUCUUGAACCUGCAGUGCUGACGGGAACGCAACCACCACAUUACCUGAGGGCACUGCUCCGGCCGACUGUCAAGGCGGUGGGGGCACGCGGGAGAAGGGAGGAGGGAGGAGGAAGGAGGGAGGCGCCGUCCGAGCCGAAGUGGCAACACCCUCUCAGACAGUGCGCGAGCAGCGCCCACCCCACCGGGGCAGGACGCGCCCGUGCGAGCUUCGUACCGUCACGGUCGGCGUCAGAUUUUACCCUACGAAGUACGGUGUCGCAUCACAGGGGUGGCCUCAGCGCACUCUUGCACAACACUGGCGGACGCCACCGGCACCAAGGUAAUAAACACCAAGGUGGGUCCGUGUUAAUUGUGCGUGGCAGCAAUAACCCCCCGCCGUCCCCGCGCGCCCAGUCAGAAUUAGUGGCGACCUUCUCGUCCGCGUAUGUCAGCUCAAACUGUGCUUUUCAAUAA